AUGGAUCACAACGGCUUCCAGAUGCCUCAGAUGGCGGCACCGCCGCUGAUGAACCCCCCACCGCAGAUCUUUGGGGCUUAUUCCGCGGAUGGACUGCCAAACAUGAACAUGCAAGACCUAUCACAACCACUUUUCGGGGAUGGAUCUCUGAUGGAUGAGAGUAUCGAGGCCAAGAGGAGGCGGAUAGCGAGGGCUUGUGAUAUGUGUAGGAAGAAGAAGAUAAAAUGCGAUGGGAAGAUGCCGGCUUGUACCCAUUGCAUCAAUUACAAGACAGAAUGCGUUUUCACACAGGUCGAGAAGAAGAGGAAUCCACCGAAGGGUGCGAAAUAUAUCGAGGGCCUCGAGAAUAGACUAGGAAGGAUGGAAAGCUUGCUCAGACUUUCUGGACUGCUGACCGAGGACGAUAAUGGUCGGACGGAUUUGGGGACUUUGGAGAAACGACUUGCAGAGAAGAGAGAGUCGCAGAGACAGUCUGAAGCACCAGGAUCACAACCAACCUCGCCCUCGCAUAGCACGCCGAAUGAAGGAAGCGGUUCCACACCGCGGAGCACUUUGGCAUCGCCUGAGCCGAACAGCAAGAAUGGAGAUAAACGAAAGAGCACUCUUUCAGAAAAGUCGGAAGAAGAGGUCGAGGCCCUUUCAGACAUGAUGUGUUCUCUGGUCACAAAUAAUUGUGGUGAAACUCGAUAUAUUGGAUCUUCAUCCGGAUUCUCCAUUUUCUCGCCCAAGGGUAUCCAAUGGGUGAACGAAAAAACUGGCGACUCCUCUUUCCAGGAAAUGAUCUCGUCGGCUUCGGUGGAUGAGAAUAAAUGGAUGUACUGGAAACCAGAGGUGUUCUCUGAUCUGUUUCGACGACCAAUAUUUCAGCAACUUCCCCCAAAGGCGGAGUGCGUGUCCUUGCUCAAGGAUUUCUUUGAAAAUUUCAACUGCAUGUUCCCGCUCUUCCAUCAGCCAACAUUCAUGCAUCUGGUCGAUCGACAAUAUUCUCGAGAUCCAUAUGAAGGUUCUGGAUGGUGGGCCAGCUUGAAUGUCACUCUCGCAAUAGCUCACCGACUACGAGUUAUGAGUAACCUUGUUCCGAAAGAUGAGGAUGAAAAGGCAUGGGGUUAUUUGAAAAACGCGAUAGGGGUAUUCACCGAGCUCACGUUGCGUAAUACCGACCUGUUGAGCGUACAGGCACUCCUUGGGAUGGCAAUGUUCUUGCAAGGCACUCCGAACCCGCAACCAUCUUUCUUCUUAGUUGCGGCAGCUCUUCGAUCAUCCCACAGCAUUGGACUGCACAAGAAAGGUUCCGGCUUUAAUCUCAAUCCUGUAGAGAUAGAACAGCGGAAACGAGUCUUCUGGAUUGCUUAUAUGCUGGACAAGGAUAUUUGCUUGCGCUCUGGACGACCUCCGGCGCAGGACGACGAUGAUAUGAAUGUGGAACUUCCAAGCGCAGACCCGGAGGAUAACAUCGGCAACAUUCCUCUUGCUGAUGGAAAAGGAAAGGUCAACUUGUUCCGUCUGAUGUGCGAAUUUGCAACAAUUGAAAGCAAGGUUUACAAGCAGUUGUAUUCAACGAAAGCUUCGAAGCAGUCUGAUGGAGAGCUUCUCAAUACCAUCGGAGAGCUUGAUCAUCUUUUGGAGGAGUGGAAAGACAGCAUCCCAGUUGACUUCCGUCCGGAACACGAGAUCAAAGCAUCACAUACGCCGCUUAUACUCCAUAUCGUGGUUCUUCAUUUUAGUUACUACAACUGUUUGACAACAAUCCACCGAAUGUCCGUUCACCACGGUUACUGGACCAGUCGGUUGUCGAAUUAUGCUAUCCAGGGGUUGAAUGCCAGACCGCUGAAUCCACGCGUCUUCUCGUCAGCAGCCCUCUGCGUGUCAGCUGCACGAGCCUCUAUUCAUCUGAUUAAAUAUGUACCACAAGGAGAUUUCCAAUGUGUUUGGCUCAUCCUCUAUUUCCCCGUCUCAGCUCUUGUAACAUUAUUCGGAAAUAUUCUACAGAACCCUCAGGACCCUAGAGCUAGAUCAGAUGUCCGCCUGAUGAACCUUGUCGUCAGCUUCUUAUCAAUGCUCGUUACAGAGGAAGAAAAUGGAGGCGUGAAGCGAAUGCUGGGUGUCUGCUCUGAAUUCGAGAGAAUCGCCAAGGUUGUCCUCGAUAAAGCAGACAAGGACUCGUCGUCAAGACGAAAGCGGAAGAACAACGAAGAGCAGGCAGGAAAAGCAAAGGGUCCUCCCGGUACCUCCGGCCCACCACCGCAUACUCCUAUGCAGCAGAAUGCUCAAACGCCCUCUAUGGCCAGCGUCUUUUCGCCGGGUCUGAACAACCCAAUGAACCCACAGAGCUCCUACAGCACACCUAUGCCGAACGGAUCGCCCGGCGCGCAAAACUGGACCACAGAUUUCGCCAACGGGAGUGAAUACAUGACACCCAAUAACGGCGGAGGCAUGACCCCCUUCGCCGAUAUCCAAGGCUACACAAAUGGCAACGAUAUCGGCUCGCCCCUCAACAUCAACAGCUUCCAACAGCCUUUCGUGCCCCAGGACUUGUGGCAGAUGCCGAUGACAUUAGAAUGGGACUGGGCAGACAUGACGGGUGGCCAAUACCCCUCGUUCGAGAACGGCGUCAUGGGCGAUCCGACGCUGCAGAAUAGCAAUAAUCAGCAUCUGCAGCACCAGCAGCAGAUGCGGUAG